UAGUUUAUUUUACAAUUAAUCAAAAAAACAUACAAAUAAAUACUCCCUCCGUUCCACUCUUUUUGUCCACUUUCAUUUUUGCACACCAUCCAAUGCACUUCUUUAACCCAUUUUAUCUUGUAAUUUAUAUAUUAAAAAAUUAUAAAAAUUAUAUAUUAAUAAUCUAUAUGUUAAGACAAAUCAAACAAGAUCACACAUGACUAUUUUUAGACUUACACAUUGAGAGAAUUUGAUGAGUCAAAGUGCUUAGAUGAACAGUUCCAAAAGUCAAAACUGGACAAAAAGAGUGGGGCGGAGAAUUUCAUCUUCCGAGGAUGUCUUUUAAGGUGAUCUUCUCAGUGUCAGUGCUUUCCUUGGCAUUGUCUCAGUUCUGUAAUUCUCUGUUUCUGGCAGAUGAGCUUUCGUCUUCAUUUUCGUUCAUCAAUCAGCUGCUCUUCCGCUUCAGCUCCAACCCCAAUUACGUCUUCCUCUUCUGCAACGGCAUUCUGGUUCUGAUCAUAACUAAUUCCGGCCACUUUCCGGGCAGUCAGUCGCCGGAAAAAUCCGCCGGAAGUGUUCCUCUGCAGCUUCAUCAGGAAGGAAGCUUUGUUCAAGAAGUCGAAGAAGAGGAAAGAGCGGGGCAGGAUGAAAGGGUAAUUUCCGGGUCUCAUAUUGAUCAUCAACACCAUCACCUUAAAGAAGAUGACCAAGAAGAAGAAGAAGAAGAAGAUGCAGAAGAUGAAGAUAUGGAAAUGGUGGUCUUGGGCGGCGGCGACCAUCAUGAUAAGGGAGGAGAAGAAGAAGAUGGGAGGAGUGAGAGGUUGAGCGAUGAAGAGUGGGACAAGAAAUUUGAUGAAUUCAUAAAGAAAAUGAAGCAAGAUUUUAUCAUCUACAACAAGUAGUGGCAAUUCAAGUCACUAUAUGUUUGUUGCUCUAUUCUUCUUCAUGUCACAUUGGAUUUACUAGCUUAACACUAGACCAUAAUUUUAAUAGAUUUUGAUAUUUGGUUAGUUUGGAGAUGUGGAUUACAUGCUCAUUUGAUAAAUUGAUAGUAUUAUAAAUUUCUUAAAAAGUUUCGGAGCGACACUCUCUCUUAGCAGGGUUGAGAUGAUUUUUGAGAAUAAAAAAUAUUUGAAUAGUUAUUGCUCAAUAAUAAUACUGUAUUAUA